AUGAUCACCCGCGGCUACUCCCUCCUCGAAGUUACAGCGCAGCUGAAGGCCUCUACACCGAAACUACGACUUUCAAGCUUUAUUCCACAAUAUCAGGGACUGAUGGAAUUUUACGCCCCGGACCCAGUGCAGCUCCAUGCACGCUUACGGCCGAACGGUCUGGCCUGCAUCGACCUUGCGACCAACCGCAGGUGGACAUAUGCGGAACUCAACGCCGACAUCCAACGCGCAACCGCGGUCCUAUCCAAGCAAGGGGUCCAGAUCGGUGACAGAGUGGCGACCAUAUCGGCCAACAGCGUCCAUCAGAUCAUUCUGCAGCAAGCCCUGAUGAGGCUGGGCGCGAUCCAUGUCCCGCUGAACUGGCGCCUCGCCCGGCCCGAACUAGCGAAGCUGUUGGCCGACUGCACCCCAGCCAUCCUCUUCACAGAUCACAACGACCCACCAGAGCUGCCUCUCGGCUGUCGCCACAUUGAGUUUUCGACGCUCUGCGCGAGCGUGGACGCUGCGGAGCCUGGGCCUCGCUUGGAUGCGAGACCGCUGCACGAGACAUGCAUCAUUCUCUACACGUCUGGAACCUCUGGGGUGCCCAAGGGGGUUAUGCUGACCGGCCAGACUAUCUUGUCGACGACCUUCAACUUUAGCAUCUUGACAGAAGUCGAUACGGGCAGCGUCUUCUUGUGUGACGGGCCCAUGUUCCACUUCAUGGGUCUCAUCGCUCAGAUAUGGCCGUCACUGAUGCGAGGUGGCACAUUCAUCGUCUCCCCCAAGUUCCACUCCGAAGCAACAAACGCCCGGCUGGGCGAUGCCGAAUUACACAUUACUCAUUACUUUUGUGUGCCCCAGAUGGCCGAGGCUCUAGCCGGAGCACCAAACUUUGACCCAUCGACGUGGUCAGCCUUGAAGGCGCUCUUCACCGGUGGAGCACCCAAUCCUCCAGCUAGGAUCAAGUGGUGGCUGAGUCGCGGUGUUCGAAUGGUGGACGGUUAUGGAUCAACCGAAGUAGGCACUUGCUCUGGCAUGCCGCUUUCACCAGAGCUCAUUGGCAGCAAGGCCGGCUCUGUGGGCCUUCCGGGCCCGUUGACGGCGGUCCGAGUUGUGGACGGACGUGACCAGGACGUUGCCGUCGGUGAGCCUGGUGAGAUCUUGGUCUCGGGUCCGGGCGUCACUCCGGGUUACUGGAACAGACUAGACGAUGACAUGACUGCGUUCACUGAAGAUGGCUGGUUUCGGACGGGUGAUAUUGGGCGAGUCGACGAGGAUGGAUAUGUUUCCCUCAUUGACAGGCGAAAGAACAUGUUCAUAUCCGGAGGGGAGAAUGUGUAUCCUGCCGAAGUUGAGGCUGCGCUGGUUGAACAUCCCGGUGUGCUGGACGUUGCAGUUCUGGGGGUUCCCGAUCAGCUCUGGGGCGAAGCCGGGCGUGCUUAUGUUAUUGCAGCGCCAAAUUUUCAGCUGAGUCACGGAGAUUUGGUCAGCCACUGCCAGUCACUGAUUGCUCGAUUCAAGAUCCCGAGAGAGACUGUCUUUGUCAGUAGCUUUCCUCGCACGGGAUCCGGAAAGGUUCAGAAACAUCUUUUGACAGAGGACUCUGUAGCAAGACUUUAA